AUGUUGAGAGAUUCAACCGAGGCAUUUAGAGCUAUUGCAGACAGUGGCGAUCUCCCUAGCUUCAAGGCAAGCCUAGACGACCUCUCUGGUCUCUUCCUCCGAAAAGGACUCAACACUAGAGAUCUCGUCGCUCUCUCAGGAGCUCACACCUUAGGGCAAGCUCAGUGCCUAACAUUCAAGGAGAGGCUUUACGACAACUCGAGUGACAUUGACGCUGGAUUCUCAAGCACACGUAAGCGUCGUUGCCCGGUCAACGGUGGAGAUACGACUCUAGCACCUCUAGAUCAAGUGACACCAAAUUCGUUCGACAACAAUUAUUACAGAAACUUGAUGCAGAAAAAAGGACUUUUGGCGAGUGAUCAGAUUUUGUUCGGAUCCGGAGCUUCUACGGACAGUAUUGUGUCUGAAUACAGCAGAAACCCAUCUCGAUUCGCGUCUGAUUACGCAGCUGCUAUGAUCAAGAUGGGAGAUAUUCAAACCCUAACUGGCUCAGCUGGACAAAUCCGGAGGAUCUGUAGUGCUGUUAAUUAA